AUGGCCGGCGUCGAGGCCGCGGACAAGGAGCGGCAGCAGGUCCAGGCGACGUUCAGCGUCUUCGACGCGGACAACAGCGGCGCGAUCGACGUCGGCGAGCUCGAGGGCCUGCUCAAGGAGCUGUGCAUCCCCGUCAAGGACAAGGACGAGCUCCACGCCAUCAUGACGGAGCUCGACGGCGACGGCUCCGGCGACAUCGACUUCCACGAGUUC